AAGUCCAAGUUGCCUGCUGCAGCCAGCCGGCCGCCGUACCCCAGGAGAAAAAAAAAACAAAAUCUUCGCUGCGAUUCGCCCACCCAUUGCAGUGCAGAGGGCGCCGCCAGAGGCUGAGGCCUUGCCUUCCCGUUCGUUCCCCCCUCCCCAAAGGCCAGCCAAGCCAAGCGACGCGAUGCCCAACGCGAUACCGGCCUGCUUCCGCGCCGCGGCGGCGCCGGGCGGCCGGGCGGGCCGGGCGUCGGCCACGGCGCCCUCGGGGUCCGGGAGCGGGACGGCCUCCUCGGGGGCGGGGACCAGCCUCGCCACGUCCGUCUACGAGACGCGCCUCGGCCUGGCCGCGCUGUCCUGGUCGCGCGCCGCGCUCGGGCUCAGCCUCCGCGCCGUGCUCCGCGUCUCCGCCGGCGACGACGAGGACGACGACGGCGACGGUGGUGGCGAGGACGGGGAGGAGGCGACCGUGGCCGUGCGCGUGCGCCCGUGGCUGCUGUGGCGGCGGCGCGGGUCCAAGCGCUUCCGCGUGCGGGACCGCCGGGUGGACCUGGCCUGGGACCUGUCGCGCGCGCGGUUCCCGCCCUCGGGCUCCCCCGAGCCCUCGUCGGGCUACUUUGUCGCCGUCGUCGUGGACGGCGAGAUAGCGGUCGUGGCGGGGGACAUGGCGGAGGAGGCGUACAGGAAGACCAGGGCGCGCCGCCCGCCGGGCCCGGGGCCCGUCCUCGUCUCGCGCCGCGAGCACGUGUCCAUGCGCGACGCGGGCGCCGGCCGCGGCCACCGGACCUGCGUCCUCGUGCGCGGCAAGGAGCGGGAGAUCUCGGUGGAUCUCGUCUCGCGGGGCCAGGGGCAGCCCAAGGAGCAGCGGGACAGGGACAGAGACAGGGCCGAGGUCGGCAUGUCCGUCUCCGUCGACGGCGAGCGCGUGCUCCACGUCCGCCGCCUGCGCUGGAAGUUCCGCGGAUCCGAGAAGGUGGACCUCGGCGGCGGCGACCGCGUCCUCGUCUCCUGGGACCUCCACAACUGGCUCUUCCCCGCGCGCGACGCCUCGCCCCCCGACGCCGCCGCGGCCGCGGCCCCGCCCGCGCACGCGCACGCCGUCUUCGUCUUCCGCUUCGAGCUCGCUGACGGCGGCAGCGGCGAGGAGCGCGACUCGGCCGACGCCAGGGCGAAGGAGGUGCCCGACAAGGCCGGGAGAGGCGGCUGGGCGGGCUACGUUGGCAGGUGGGGGAGAGGAAGGGACUGGAGCGAGAGCAGCAGCAAUGGCGAGAAGCGGAGGAAGAGGGGGCCGGCCCGCAGGCUGGCCAUGGCGAGCUCCUCCUCGUCGGCGUCAGUGGCGUCGUCCUCCGCGUCGUGGGCGAGCGGCUCCACGGUCAUGGACUGGGGCAGCCCCGAGGACGCCGAGCUGCAGCGCGGCGACGGCUUCUCCCUCCUCGUCUACGCCUGGAAGAACUAGAGUGGUGGGCUAGCGGCGGAAGCGGCUCGCCGGCAUUGUUUCGAUUGAUGAUUGGUUCUCGAUUCAGUGAGUAUUUCUUCUUCCCAUUGUUGUAAGUUGCAAUUGUUCACCGAGCAAUAUUCUUGUGCAGUUUUGAGUGCUUGCUCCACUGACCACACCAUUCUUCUUUUACAAUCUCCAUAGAAAUGGACAUCUAGAGAAAGUGAGAAACCGUACUGUGUGAUC